CUGGUGCGCAGAGCCCGGGGCCGGGUGGUCAACGUGGCCAGCAUGGUGGGGCGUAUCGCCCUGGUGGGAGGGGGGUACUGCAUCUCCAAGUACGGCGUGGAGGCCUUCUCCGACAGCCUCAGGCGUGAGCUGCGGGAUUUUGGGGUGAAGGUGUCCAUCAUCGAGCCCGGCUGCUUCCUGACCAGCAUCCUGGACUCCGCCGAGGCGAGGCAGAGCAUCGUGCGGGCAUGGGACCGCGCGCCCGACGAGGUCAAGCAGGAGUACGGGCAGCAGUACUUCCAGGCCUACAACAGCAAUUUUCAGCAUUUCAUCACCACAGCCAACCCCAAGCUCUCCCUCGUCACCAACGCCAUGGAGCACGCGCUGACGGCCGAGUACCCGCACACUCGCUACGGAUGCGGUCUGGACGCCAGACUCUUCUACAUCCCCCUGUCCUACCUGCCCAGCGCCUGGGCCGACCGCCUGCUCGCCACCAGCACCACCUAGGAGCGCGCUCAGGGUGCAGCCGGUGCCCAGCACGGUGCUGCUCAUAGCCCCCCGGCAUCGGGUGUGCGGCCCGGGCCCCACUUGCUCCAGUCGGUUGUUGGCGUUCGCGGCCAUUUCAUAGAAAGCAACGCUGCCCUGAG